CAAAAGAACAGGGAAAAAGUUGUGAAUCAUCAUUGUGAAAACCUCGAAUAUAUUGAAGAAAUCUGGACUUCAAAGCUCAUUCAUUAUCAGAAAUAAGCACAAGGUAAAGAUGGGAAGCACCGAUCCUUGGAGAGUGACCGUAUUUUGGAAACUUUCAAGUUUACAGCAUGAAAGGCGCGUUCGCAAACCAGUGCUCAACAACAGAUGUCAGCGGAACUCGAAGGGUGUUUCCAUUGUGAAUACUAAGCGAAAUCAGCCGCUUUUAUAGAUCCUAAAAGUUUUCUCAACCGACAGAACACCCCUUGUUUAUAGGCUGUGCGUGUUUUUAAAAGUUCCGCAUAUGUAAGCGUAAAGGAGCAAAGUGAUGCCCCAGUGCUGGCAGAACCCCCCCAGACCAUGCUUUCCAGAUGUCCAGCGUUCACCCGCCAUGUAAUAGGAUUCCUGGUGUUAGUGUUGUUAACCACAAACGUUCGAUCGGGACCCCGUUAUAGCUCCAGAAUAGUUGACAUUAAAACGGGAGCAAUUCGCGGCAUUAUCCUCGAACUCAAUUCACGACAUCUUGAACCGGUUGAAGUGUUUCGCGGAGUUCCAUACGCUGCGCCUCCCGUAGGACCCCUCAGAUUCAGACUACCUCAACCCCCGCUCGCGUGGCCCGGAACAAGACUUGCAGACACUUUCGGCGCCGUUUGUCCACAGAAAUUACCAGACAUAUCCAACAGAACUGCCGCACUGCAGACGAUGCCCAAAGGCAGAUACCAGUAUUUGAAAAAGUUGGUGCCCCUGCUUGUCAACCAGUCGGAGGACUGUCUCUUCCUCAACAUUUAUGUACCAGGAAGUGGAAACCGCGGCUUCGAGGCUCCUUACGCCGUUCUCGUAUUUGUGCAUGGUGAAAGCUUCGAGUGGGGCGCAGGUCAUCCCUACGACGGCAGCGUUCUUGCUUCUUACGGACACGUCAUUGUGGUUACCCUAAAUUUCCGUCUUGGAAUUCUUGGUUUCCUCCGUACGAAAGCGAGUUUCGAUAAAAGCGAGUCUUCAGCGGAAAACUUAGGGAUUAAGGACAUCGCUGCGGCUCUGCGUUGGAUUAAGAUUAACAUUGCAGCAUUCGGAGGAGACCCCAGCCGUGUAACCUUAGUAGGUCACGACACCGGAGCGGCUCUAGUUAAUUUACUCUUUGUUUCCCCCAGUUCGAAAGGUCUUUUCAAACGAGUGGUGCUCCUGAGUGGAACCGCUCUCAGUCCCUGGGCCACGAUUCAUAAUCCUGACAGUUUACGUCUUACCGUUGGCCAACAAACAGGUUGUCUGAGUGGCGACUCACCGGAGGAGAACGACGAUAUCGCCCCCUGUUUAAGAUCGCGGCCACUCCAAGCGCUCCUCGACGUCCAGUUGGAAACUGUGCGCUUCAUGCCAAGAAUCGCCCCAUCCCUCCCGGUGGAUUUACAGACACCUGACCCGUCCUUUGCCAUGGAACACGCCAGCGAAAAUUUCAUCAUGUGCGAAGUGAUGUUGGGCACGACCACCACCGAAAGUUACAGUGACUUUAGUGCCGCGGACAUCCAGUACGGGUUUGAGGAAGACCAGCGGAAUCGCGUUUUGAGGACCUAUGUGCGAAACGCGUAUGUGUACCAUUUGAACGAGAUUUUUUCCGCAAUUAGGAACGAGUAUACGGACUGGGAUAAGCCGAUACAGCAUCCCAUCAAUAUUAGGGAUUCUACAAUGGAAGCGUUAAGUGACGGACAUACUGUGUCACCUUUAAUCCGGGUCGCGUAUUUGCACGCAAGGAGAGGCGCCAAAACCUAUUUUUUUCAUUUUGGAUACCAGACCAAAGACAGCGAGUAUCCACAGAGGCUGGGGAGCGUCAGGGGUGAAGAUGUCACGUAUAUAUUGGGCAUGCCUCUAGUCGGAGGAAUGCCUUUCUUCGCCCAAAACUUCACCAAACAGGACAUGGGAGUGGCCGAGGCCGUUCUCAACUUCUUCAGCAAUUUCGCCAAAACAGGCGACCCCAACGCACCCGGGAUACACAAAGACGUCCCUGAUUACGGCACUCUCAGGGAAAAGACGCGAUAUCGCGGCCUCGUGUGGGAGCCCUACGAAGUCUCCACGCAAUAUUAUCUCAGCAUUACAUUAAAGCCAAAGAUGAAGAGCCACUACCGGGGCCACAAGAUGGCCGUUUGGUUGAAUCUCAUCCCGCAACUGCAUCAACCAGGAGAUGACGACGUCAGCAUGAGACACCACCAUUUCCACGAACGAGAGCCUCAUUAUUAUGCCGGUUCUGUCAGAGCGGAAUCAUUCACUCGCUUACCGCCGCCCCUGCACCCGGCCUCAAUGACAGAUUCCCAUAUCGCAAACGGAGAGGGGACCGAAUGUGUUCCCAACACUACAGCUGAUGACCAACUCGUCGACGAUGAUGAAUUGAACCUAAGCGACGACGAGACCGGCGAGGAGCUCCUCCAGAAGCUGGCCACCAGACACUACUACAGCUACACAGCCGCUCUGGGAGUCACCGUCGGCGUGGGCUGUCUGCUCCUCCUCCUCAACAUGCUGAUUUUCGCCGGCAUUUACUACCAAAGAGAUCGCGAUCGCCGAAGACAAAAUCAUGUCCGUUCCUCACGCUCGAAUUCAUCUCCAUCAACAGAGACAAUACCCAUGUCACAUCGGCCUUCCAGCCCCGACAAUUCAUCUCGCCAGUCGCCCAUUAUAUGUAGGAAAGAGAAACAAGAACUGCCCCCUUCUUAUAGCACAAUUCCGAAGAGUCCAUCUCGCACAGAUGUGCCUUCCUCGAACACUUUGAAAAAGGAGAAACCACCGCCGCCGGUGAGGACGACGAGCAAUUUGUCGGGAGGAACCGUCAAGAAAAGAGUACAGAUUCAAGAGAUAUCGGUAUAGCAAUCACAGAAUGAGGUUUGUUCCUCAAUGAAACCGGACGUCACACCCGAACACGAAACGGUUAAACCGCCGUGUGAUCUAGUUUCGUUUCAGUUAUAACCGAAACUGAAAUAAUCGACAGUUUGAAAACUAUAGAAAGCUAUGUAAUGAGGACUAAUCUGAUGUAAAUAUCUAAUCUUCAAUACUUGAUCUUCGUUUUAAAGGUCUCUAUUGUAUAACUUAGAACGAUUUAAAGGAAAAUUACCGAAAAUAAUGAUUGUAAAAGGUGUUCCUUACUGUUUACAUUUUUUGUUACCUAUAUGAAUUUCUGUUGAACACAUGUACCAAUGUUUUUGUACAUACAGUCUUAGGAAAAUUAAAUAACGAG